GCUCCCACAAAGCAUCACCCACCUGCACAAGCCGCUCGCUCGCUCAUCUUCUUCGGUUCUUCAUCCUGUGUUUCUUCUUGUGCAUCUGCUCUCUCUGCAACCAAAUAUCAAGAAGAGAGCUUUUCUUUCAAUCGGUGUGUAUAUAUAGUGAUCUAGGUGAGGCUGAGCUAGAUAGCCUGGCAUGGGGAGGUCCCCAUGCUGCGAGAAGGCGCACACCAACAAGGGAGCCUGGACGAAGGAGGAAGACCAGCGGCUCAUCGCCUACAUCAAGGCCAACGGUGAGGGAUGCUGGAGGUCGCUCCCGAAGGCAGCAGGGUUGCUGCGGUGCGGGAAGAGCUGCCGGCUGCGGUGGAUCAACUACCUGAGACCGGACCUGAAGAGAGGCAACUUCACCGAGGAGGAGGACGAGCUCAUCAUCAAGCUUCACGAACUGCUCGGCAACAAGUGGUCGCUGAUCGCCGGGAGGCUGCCGGGGAGGACGGACAAUGAGAUCAAGAACUACUGGAACACGCACAUCAAGCGCAAGCUCCUCGCCCGCGGCGUCGACCCGCAGACGCACCGCCCGCUCAAUGCCGCCGCCGCCGACCACCACAGCCAGCUCCAGGCGCCGCGCCGGUUCGCCGCCGCGGCUGCGUCAGCAGGGCACCCGCACCACCACCCUGACCACUUCGCCGUCCUCUCCAACUCGCCCGAGGCAUGCAGCCACAGCAGCGACGACGAGCCCAGCUCCGCCACUCCGCCGCCGCCGCCGCGGCACCUCGGCAUCGACCUCAACCUUUCCAUCAGCCUAGCUCCAUACCAGCCGCAGAGCGAGCAGCUCAAACAGGAGGAGGAAGACGACGCGGCAGCGACGACGACGACGACGGCGAGCGGCGCCGGCAGCAAUGCGACGGCGGUGUGCCUGUGCCUGAACCGCCUCGGGCUCCACGGCGGCGAGGUUUGCAGCUGCGGCCGCGGCGGCGCUCCCUCCAUGCAGGCCAGCACGCACAUGUUUAGAUUCAUCACACCGCUAGGAGGCGGCCACAACAGUACUAGCACAACAAUGACAUAAUUAAGAUGAGGGAAGAGAUAAUCAUAUAUACACUACUUAACUAGCAAUUAAAACCCAGCCACACAUGCUUAGCUCUUUGUAAUAUUCAUCAGGAAAUGUGAUCUCUUUUUUAUUUUUUUUCCCCUUAUUUGCAGCCUCGGACAGAGUGAUCACCAUCAUGCUUCAUCCAUAAUCUUGGUGACAUGGUUCAUGACUAUGCUCUAGCUACUGUUUCCUUUGCCUCCCUCUAGUUUUCUUUUAACUCCAUAUACAGGCAAGACAUAGAUAGCUCAUGAUCUGCCAUUAGAUCUAAGCAUGCUCUUUUGGAUACCUCAUAGAAUGCAUCACUCAACACAUAGCUUUCCAAACACUUUAUUUCUCCCCCAUGCAGCUUGGACCUUUUGCAGCUUGUUUUUAUGGCUCUUUUUAUGUGGGAGAUGCUCUUGAUUGGCCAAAGAUGAGGGAUGGUAAGGACACAUACUGAUGAAAGGGAAGGAUGAGGUGCUGUGGUUGUGGUGCUGCUGGUGGUUAUGGGAAGUUAGGUUUCUUGAUGAGUGUUUGCAAUCACAUGAGCAGCCAGUGAGAAAAGGAGGCACAAGUUUUAAAAGAGAAAAACAAUAAAGAAAAAGGUGUCUUGUAGAUAGAGAGGGAGGAGGAGGAGAUCAGAGAAGAGAUCAGGGGAGACAGUGGAGGGCAUGUGAGAUGCUCUCUCAUUUGUUUGGGUUUGGUAGGUAGGUUGGUACAAGGGAUGGGGAAGAUGUUAAUGAAGGGGAUAAAGUGCCAUCCAGGAGGGGGCAUGGUUUGAGGAGCUUUUGGUUAGUUAAUGACUUAACAGUCGGAGCUUGGCUUGUGGUUUGUCCUUUGGUGGAUGCUGGUAGCUGGUAGGGGUAAUUAGUAUUUUAGUCAUGUAUCAGCAACUGUGGGCCAGGGAGGGUUAAGAGGUGUAAGCACAAGUAGAAUGUCAGUCAGUGGCCUCCCUGACUGAUCUCUCUAGUCCCAUCCUGCCUAUAUGUUCCUUCUCGUUCCAUAUAGCAGACAGUAGAGGUUUGCAUGUUCCUCAAUGGGCAUAAUUUUCCUUUGGCAUCUAAGUAUAACUCAGGAUUAGGAUGUGUUUUUUUUUUCAAAAGAUAAAACUCAUAUAAAUGGGAUCCUCUGUAGACUGUCUCUGCAGUACAGGCUAUG